CGAGGUGGAAGAAGACAAGGACAGGCCAGGGAACAUGAUAAUCAGGCGGCCGCUGUUGAGUGAACGCCUGCUGCGCUAUCAGCCGUGGAGCCUCUCCUUUGACGACGACUUCAGUGCGCUGUGCAAGGAGCGGCAGCCAGAGGCGUCGCAAAUGUUCAGCCUCGCUGACGAACUGUACGCCUUCCAUCGUGUCUCCUGGUACAAUGCAGCUGACUACAUCUAUUCAUUCUACGAAGAUGACUUCAAGAUUGUAGACGAGGAGUGGCAGCUGGAGGACAGAAGCCACGAUACGCUCUCCGUGGACACUGACUGCGUGCAGCUGUUGGUGAACGCCCUGGACCACCCCACGUGUCCGCUGGAAGACCUGCCACUGGAAGCCGUGAAGCAGCACGAGCGGUGCCGCGAGCAGCUGUGGGACGACGUGGUGCAGAGGUCGCCCCACAUACCCGUCACCAGCUACCUGGCCUACACGCAGAGGAUAAACGUCAACCUCUGUCUGCUGGCCUGGAUGGCGGUCAACUCGUACGGCAUUUGUCAGGACGUCCCGUUCAGUAUGAUACAGUCCGUGCACGAUGCUCGCUGCUAUUUCGAUAGUCCUGACGAUCAAUCAUGUCUGCAGUCGAACGCUACAGACGCCAUAUGCUCUGUUUCCAGAGCUAUUCUGUUGCUAAAGUGUAGCGAAUAUUCCUCCAUUAAGACUUCCCAUAAUUAUACGUACACUAGUUUCGGAUUUGGAGUAUUCCGUAGUACUAACAGGAUGCUCUAUCAAAAGCUAACAGAAGAAACACUGAACUACAAAAACAGUUUAAACAAUGCCACCUUGAAAUACAAGGAUUUUAAAAUCGACAGCUUGAAGCCUUUAGAAAUCUCAUUUAUACUGGUAAAUUUAAUUUUCCGUUUUUCGACUGCCGGGGUAUACUUGUAUCUUCCCCAGUUACGUAAUUUGCCUGGAAAGAUAUUCUUGUCCUUUCAGAUCACGUGCAUAGUCCAGAUCCUGUGUUCUGAGGUCGUGUAUCGUAUGGCAGGCGUCCCUGACUUACCAACAGCAGUGCUGAUAGACAGCGCCCUCACACUUCUCAGCUGUAUCUGGCUGAACUCAUUCUGCUACCAGAUGUAUUCUUGUGUCCGCCAUCUCAGGCUUCCUGACCAGCUACUACCUGCUGAACUAAGCCAGUUAUUCCGUCGUGAGGUGCUGUGUGUGCUUAUACCGUGGAGUAUAGUAUGUGUGGCAGCUGCUGCUUUGGAAAAGACGGGUAAAUAUUACCUGAUCUACAGUCGUAUAGUAGUCCUUGCAGGGAUUUCAGUGUCUGUGGCAUUCAACUUGGUUUGUCUCGGACUGCUUGGAUACAUGUACCUACGUAAUCGGUGCUCCAUGCGGCAACUCGAAAUUGUUGAUAACAAGAAAUUUGCCUCAAAGAAGGAAUGUCUUUUUAUGUCAGUUAAGGCCAUUAUAUUAAGUGGAACAGGAAUUAUUAUUAGAAUUGGGUUCCACCAGGCUCAGGGAAUAGCGCAGUUUGUGUACUAUAUGCAUCUAGUUACGAUGCUGCAAGGACCAGUGCUCUUCGUCUGUUUCGUUUGCAAUGGAACGACGCUCCCCAUACUCAAGAACAGGAUACUUCUUUGGUGGGACCCAACCAACAUCCCUGCAGGUGUAGAGCUGUGUUCAGCAGCCGAGAGGAAUCUGGCCAGGAGAAACAAUGAACAGUCUCCCUUUUCAGAAUCCUCGCUGUAGCCUCCUUCAGUAUUUUUCCCAAAUAACUGUCUCCACACCACACUGCAUUAAACCCAGCAAUAAAAAUGGACUCUACCUGGUAUGACAAUAUCAAAUUUCAUUAAAUCUGAUAUCGUACAGCCAGUACUUCUCUUUCCUAACGUCUCCUUCAUUUAUAACUGUGUGCUUAUUUGUGAGUGGUAGCCCCUGUCUGCCUAUUCUAAUGCAUUGAGACUAUUUACUAAAAUUGUUGGGAAAUGCUUCGUGUAUACAAUAGGCUGCGUUAAUCACACGGCCUGUUAUAUACAAGGUAAACGCAGCACGUUGUCGGAGGAAUUCCCGUUCGUCAGUGUCAUCUACCGUGGCGAUGGUGCA